AUGACGGUGCCCGCCGGUUGGCCGGAAGACGCUCGACACCGUAUGAGAGACGCUGUGGUCAGAGCUGGAAUGCUCAGUCCUAAUAACCAACCGACCUUUACCUUCCUCUCAGAGCCGGAGGCGGCGCUAAUCGCCCUGCUGUCUUCGGGCGGAGCCCGCACCGCCCAACCAGAGGAGGGCAAUUUGGUUGUUAUCUGCGACUGCGGCGGCGGUACCAUUGAUUCCAUCGUCUAUGAAGUCCUGUCUACCUCCCCGCUGGCUGUUCGGGAGUGUACCUUGGCGGUGUGCCGAUUCGGCGGCGCAAUGAUAAUGGACGAGGCUUUUCUCGAGCUCUUGAAGACGAAAGUGAGAGCGAGUUGCCCACCUCAGACGUUUGACAGAAUUGCAGAAUCCGAAUUUGAGCAGUUCGCCGAGAGACACUUGUCUCGGGAUCUUAAACACAACUACUCCGGAGGAUCUUGGUCCUUUCCCAGCAGCGACGGGCUCCGCGACGAGAUUUCUCAAGUUUUCCAUCCCGCCAUGAGCAACGUGCUUGAUCUCAUCAGGUCGCAGAUUAGUACGACGGAGAAGGUGAUGGGGAGGGUCCCGGAGUAUGUCCUCCUUGCUGGUGGGUUUGAAGGCAACUCGUACCUUCAGACGGUGCUCUCGGACAACAUCCCCAUGCCGACUCGAGUAAUCUGGCCCCAAGGCUCCGAAGAAUGGACCUCGGUGUGUCGGGGAGCCACGAUGCAUGCGAUUAGAAAGCACUCGCCUCAUCCCGGCAACAACAUCGUUGAAAUCCAAUCCCGAAUCGCUCGCGCGAGCUACGGCAUCCUGAACGAGGUGGAUGCCACUGUCACCUGGUUGGUCCAGAAGGGCCAAAAUCUCCCCGCUCACGGGGUUGACCUAUCGCCCAAUCAAUUCUCGAGGGUCCGCACUCCGAACGGCAACAUCCUUUCGAUCGAUAUCUACCGCCAGCGCUCGCUUCACGAGCAACCGCACCUGCUGUGUCGAAUCAAGUGGGCGAUCACCAAUGUGCUUUGGACCCUGAUCUCCACACUCGACAUUGCCAAUACUGUGCAGCUCGAGAUAACCUGCUCCGCCGAGUCGGCCGAUUUCGCAAUCUCCUUCAAUGGAGAACGCCAGGGGCCGGAAAAGGUCACUGUCGACUAUGGGUAUUAGGACUCACCGUGGGAAGCCGGAGACGCAAGGAUUCGGGUUCCAUUUCUUCAUCAUUUCCACUUGUUCGUCUUUUGCGUUUCGGUCUCUCUUCUCCACUCUCCGCUCGCCGUUCUGCAUUUAUGUUGUCCAGUAUGCGAGGAAAUGUCAGCAAGGCAGAGUGUUAAAAGAAAAAAGGAAAAGGACCAAAAAAAAAAAAGGGCAGAUAAUUGCGGGCUAGUAAUCCGUAGUUUGCAAAUCAUUAGGCAGAUCAUUUUGGAAUGGAAUCGGUUCUCCAUCAUAA